AUUCUAGGUACAUCCGCGCCGUAACCAAAACUACCCUCUCCUGGGAGACCAUCUUGGUUACAACAAUCUUGCUGCCCAUUGAGAUGGGGGGGCCACUCAUGUGGCCCACUCACUAGCCUGUGUUUCCCAUCAUUGACCUAGAAUGCCCUUUUGCAGUGGAAAAGCCUAGUGGGGAAUUGUGUGGAAUAGACAAAAGCCCCUCUGAAUUCUCUCACAUGGCCCUUCUCACUCUGGCAGGCUACAGAAUAACGUCUAUGUUUUGCUCCCGACUAUCCUGUCCAUCUGGGGGGAAGGAAAUGGCUGCGGUGGAGCUGGCUCAGGAGUCAGUGACCUUCGAGGAGGUGGCUGUGUAUUUCACCAGGGCCGAGUGGGCUCUGCUGGACCCCGCUCAGAGAGCCCUCUACAGAGCCGUCAUGCAGGAGAACUAUGAGAUGGUGGCCUUGUUGGGGUUUCCAGUUUCCAAACCUGAUAUGAUCUUCCGACUGGAACGAGGGGAAGAACCAUGGGUCCCAGAUCUGGAGGGCUCUGAGAAACAAGUGCCCCCGAGAGCUGCUUGCACAGGUGAUGGGAUCAUGAGUAAGAACGAGAAUAAUCAUCAGGAGGAAUAUGAGGAGCAAGUAGAACCACAGGGGAUGUUAUCAGAAAGACUCAAAGGGACUGUUUCUGAGAAUUGUGCAAAAGCCUUUGAGAGUCAGCACAGGACAGAGGAAAACUUGUGUAGCCGCUCAGGCUGUAUUGUACAUGAGGGAAUUAGCUUGGAAGAGAUGCACUACACAUGCCAUGAGUGUGGGGAAAGCUUUGAUGAGAGCUCAGAUCUUUUUACACAUCAGCGAAUCCACAGAGGAGAGAGACCCUACGCAUGCUCCGAGUGUGGGAAAAGCUUCAAUCAGAGCUCUGCCCUCAUCACGCAUUGGCGAAUCCACACGGGCGAGACACCCUACACAUGCCCGGAGUGUGGGAAAAGCUUCAAUCAGAGCUCCCACCUCAUCACGCACAGGAGAAUCCACACAGGCGAGACGCCCUACGCAUGCUUAGAAUGUGGGAAAUGCUUCAGUCAGAGCUCCGCCCUCAUCACACAUCAGCGAAUCCACACGGGAGAGACGCCCUAUGCAUGCUCAGAGUGUGGGAAAAGCUUCAAUCGUAGCUCUGCCCUUAUUAGACAUCGGAGAAUCCACACUGGUGAGACGCCCUACACCUGUCCUGAGUGUGGGAAGAGCUUUGGUCACAGCUCUGCCCUUAUCACACAUCAGAGAAUCCACACAGGUGAGACGCCGUAUGCAUGCUCUGAGUGCGGGAAAUGCUUCAGUCAGAGCGCAAACCUAAUUAGGCAUCGGAGAAUCCACACAGGAGAGACGCCCUACCUGUGCCUGGAGUGCGGGAAACGCUUCAAUCAGCGCUCAGCCCUUACCACGCAUCAGAGAAUCCACACGGGAGAGAUGCCAUAUGCAUGCCCUGAGUGUGGGAAACGCUUCAGUUAUAGCUCUGCCCUCAUCACGCAUCAGAGAAUCCACACUGGCGAGAUGCCCUACACAUGUCCUGAGUGUGGGAAACGCUUCAAUCGGAGCUCAAACCUCAUCACUCACCAGAGAAUCCACACAGGCAUCUCUUCUUACAGAUGUGCCGAGUGCGGAAAACGCUUCAGCCAUAGCUCAGCCCUUAUUAGACACCGGAGAAUCCAUACAGGGGAGACGCCUUACACAUGCUCGGAGUGUGGGAAACGUUUCAAUCAGAGCUCAAACCUCAUCACGCACUGGAGAAUCCACACGGGAGAGAUGCCUUAUACAUGCUCAGAGUGUGGGAAAUGCUUCAGUCAGAGCUCUGCCCUGAUCACGCAUCAGCGAAUCCACACAGGAGAGAUGCCCUACACAUGUGUGGAGUGUGGGAAAAACUUUAGUCAGGGCUCAGCACUUACUAGACAUCAGAAAAUCCACAUGGCAGAGUACUAUAAGAAAUGCCUUGGCUAGGGCAAGCCAAAGAUUUGUAUUAGUCACAUUUGAUAGUUCCCACAUCAAUGUUCCCUCUAAGUUUUCCAUUCACAUGCAGAAUAAAUUUUGUUACAUACACAAGUAGCAAUGCAUGCUGUCAGAUGUGGACACUCUCUGCUAAUUAGCUGAGCUGCAUUUGAAUCUCUCCUGGGUGGGCACCCAAGUGCUCAGCUUACAUGGAACACGGAUGCAGAGGUGCACCACCAGUAGAAACACAUGCUACUGUCAGCACUCUGCUAAUCAGCAGGAUAGCCACUCUCAUAGAUGGCCUCUCAGGUCUCCCACCUUGUGAUCUUUGAACCAUCUUCACCAUAGCCUCUGAGCUCCCCCAGAUGAGUUGCAUUUUUCAGCUCCCCCUUCUUUGGGGGUCAGUCUUGUGAUCCUCUCUAUCAACUCCUUUCCUUGUGAGUCAUAGGAGUGUGAGUCUCUCUUGCCAGGAACGUCUAUCUGUCUCAGAUCAAGGAGAGAGGUUUGAUCCUAACAAGCCAGAUCUACCUGUGCCCAGAAUCCACUAGGAUUGUACCUGCAGUUAGAUGCUCAAAUUAUAGAAUCCUAGAUUAGGGUUGGAAGCAGUAUUCCCUCUAAUCUUUUCCAUUCAUGUGCAGAAUACAUUUUUACAUGCACCAAGAUGUAUGUGGAUGUGCACCAUCAAUAGAAACAAAACAUAGCUGCGGGUGCUCUCCUUAUUAGCUUGGUGGCAUUUUAAUCUCUUCUGGGUGGCCACCCAAGUGCACAGUUUACAGGGAGCACUGGUUAGAAGAGACCUUAAGAGAUCAUCUACUGCAGGUGUGGGGAGCCCAACAGAGAUACCAGUUGGGGGCCACACAAAAGUAAGAAGCAAAAAAAAUUAAAAACAAAAAGCGCCCACGUGCACACACAUGCGCGCACACACAAAUAUUUUGAUGCAGUGUGAUUUUUUUUCUUUUGCAUUUGGAAUUUUAGUGUGAUGGCUGAGUUUGUUUUUCCUUGCUGAGCCUUGCUUUGUCUGCUGGAACUGAAGUUAUUGCUAUUUGUAACUGGCUUUCCAGGUUUAAAUCUGUUAGUUUGGCAUGCAGGGAGUUCUUGGCAAGAAAUAGCUUUGGAAAGAGCUAUCAGCAGCAGUAUGUAGUGCCAAAUAGUGACGCAAUUUUUAUCACGUCUCCUCAAGUUCGGAAAUUUAUCGGUACCUGCAUAGAGUCCAUAGAAUUCCAGUAGAAGCAGGUUUUUCAAUUUAGGCACAAGUUCAUUGUUUCUUGGCAUUUCUGUAAGUUCAUGUUGAAAGGCUUCAGGUACAUUGAGUACUUCUACAUUGAGUGGGUUGGAAAAAUGUCUAAUUCCAGUUCCUUCGAUCUUAGGUCUGGAAAUCGGAUACAAAAUUUGUCAUGUAAACUUGAGCACUCCCUGGCGUAACUUAACUGUUGAUGCAGGUUUUUGUGUUUGAAGUGUGGAAAAUUGUGCCAUGUUGUACCUUUUCCAGUUGCAUUUUCCACAUCAUUCAUUUAUGUUCAAACGUCAAAACAUUUGAAAAUAAGAAACUGGUUAGGCCCUGUCAAGUGGGCACGAAUGUCAACCAUGAAGGCACAGUCCCACAGACGCAUGGGGUUGCCCCUUUCUCCCUUUUCCCAGCUCCCCAUGCUGGCAAGGGAGUUCUGGGGCUUGCCCAGCUGUGGCCAUUCCUUCCUCCCUUUUUCUGGGCACCGCAUGCAGGGAAGAGGCUUGGGUAUCCAUCCCUUCCACUCCUGGAAGGGAUUUCCCCUCCCCACCCCUUCCUUCCGGUCCCACACUUCUCCUUAAUUGUUAAGGAGGCAUUGCUGGCAGCGUGUGGCUGGGGCUGCCAGAUGCUGCUCCCUGCUGCAGCCGCUACUCUAUGAAAGGAAGGGACGAGGUGGAGGGAGUGUGUGGAGAAACUGGCCCCGCUGUGGCCUCCUCUUCCUCCCAAAAGGUGCCCCAGGCUUGGAAGGGCUCAGGGGCUUCCUGUCCUUCCCAGUCCUGCCUAGCUCCUUACCAGCAAGCGGAGGAGUUGCUGGCAGUGUCUGCAGCCACCUGAGGCUGGCAAGGACCUCUAGCUGCUUCGCUGCUGCCUGGCUGCCUGGUGCAGGGGAAGGGCAGCAAGCACAGAAACGCCGGAGGAGCUCCCAUUUGCACCAGGGCUCCAGCACAUGGCGUUCCCCCUUUGGCCAGUUCAACCUGCGCACGCCUCUUCUAUGUGCAGGAGAGGAGCCAGAAAUGCCUGGCCAGCGCUGCAGGUGAGGCUAGGGAUAGUCUUUAUAGUGGCCCCUGGGGCCUCCUCGCAGCGUUGACCUGGUUGCUGGACCCCCCAGGUACUCAAUUAAACUGUUUGAGGUGGGGGUGGAGGUUCCUCAUCCCUGACCUACUGCAACCCCCUGCUUAAAGCAGGACCAUCAUUUUAAAAAUCCACCAUAGUCCCUCUUGGAAGGUUUCCAGGUAAAUUCCCUCUGUUCGCCACUCAUUCACUUUGCAACGGGCCACUUUUUUUAUAUGGCUGCAGCGCAAAGCAGUUGGGCCAAUUCAAAGCCCUUCCCUCCAACUAACCCCUCAGGACCCAUCUGGAACAAAGAACUCCCAAAUCACACUUUUCAAACAAACACACAAACGGUCCCUGCAACUAGCUCCAGUCAAAACAAAGGGUCCCAGCAGACACUCAGAUCAGUCUCCCAAUGUAGCACUCACCACAGCUCCUCUCAGACAGUUCCCAGGCAAACUCUGUUGUCUCUUGUUGACCAAGUUAAUGAUCUUGGAGUACAAACAACUGCAAUUAUUGUGCUGACCUAAGCUAUGGGCAGUAGUUGGCUGUAGUUUCCCCCUUGACCUGACCUAAGCUUGCUAAUUUUUCCUAAUUUAAACAAACCAUGAGCAUCACAGUUCUGCUAUUCCCCCCCAUUUCAAAUAGUUUGUUGUCUAGUUUUCCCUUUUAAGGGAAAAUUGUUUCCUUCCCUCUUGUCCUCAUUUUGUUUAGGGUGUGCUGGAAAGCAGAUCUCUUUUGUACCAUUUUCCUCACUUGAAAUACAUUGAAUUAGAACAAAGAGCAGGAACAGAGUUAGGGAAAAAUGGCACUUUACUCUCUGUGACACCAGAAAAAUAUAGGGUGAGUCAGGGAUUUACUUCCUCCUCAUAACAAUCACAAUCCGCACCUCACCCCAUCAGCUUUCGCAUGCAUCAGAAUAGAGUUUUUUCCUUGUGUGCCAUAUCCGCACCUCCUGCUCCACAUGAUGCAGUGUUCUCUAUUCUCUGUGUUUGGCACCACACUUUGAUUCUCAAAUGCUCUCAUGGCGCUGGAGAUUGAAGUGUCACAAAACUGGAGGGAAAAUUUGAAUGGAUUCCAGACACAGAUUAAUUGUACUAUGCUUUUAAUCCCUUUUUUGUUUUUAAUCUGUUGGCAAAGUUGCUUCUGAACUUUUCCUUGCUGAUCUGGGAGCUUUGUUUACAGAUGGGAAGGUGUGCUGUCCCCCCCCCUUUCCCCCUAUUAUGAUGAUGUGAAAUAUCUUGUAAAUAACAGGACAAUAAUAACAAGGUGAUACUGAUUGAAGAAGGUUUGAAUACAUCCGAGGAGAAUGCAGUGCAAGAUUCUGUUGUUGUUUUGAGUCAUCAUAUGUAAACUAUUCUGGAAUUUCCUUUUCUAUGAAAUGGAAAGUGCCUUUAUUGCUGCUGCGCCACUGUGCACGUGCAGAAUUCAUGUCUAGCACAGAAUUCCCACAGGAGUAUUUUGUGCUUCUUUGUAUUGCAGAUUUCUCUCUGUUGCCUGAUAGCCAUUUAGUCACAUAACUGAAUAUUAGUUUUAUUUAUCUGAGCAUGUCUCAGAUUUAGUCAGGACUUUGUGACAAUUGAACAUUUG